GGUGGUUACUCGCCAAAGAUACCUGGGAGUCCUAUGUUAGCCCUCAAUAGAAGCGGCCGUAGUGUUGGUGGUCGUUAAUUCGCUGGAAAGAGCAGUCCAGAGGUCGCCGGUUCGAACCUCCGUCGGCAUGAGCCUCCACACCGCAAUCAGCCCAUCGGCAGGUCGCUUGCGGCGGGGUAAAGUGCAGGGGUGCUCACACCUUCUCAACAACAUCUGGCCGUCGUAAGCCAUGAAAUAAAAACACAUCUCGAGAGGGGAGAGCUUUUUCUAGAAACCCCCGAUCGUGGAUGUCCUUUCGCCAGCAGUGGCGUGUACCGGAAAUUUCAGGGCUGCACCGUGCCCAACUACAACCUUUUGUACUCGUCGAUAACGUCACGGUGUUGUGGCAGUCGAGAACAAAAAAACCCACACGCGAUUUCGAGAUAGGGCUUAAAUUUCAGCCGAAGCUGUCUCUCCCCCUGCGGCGGGGGCUGGGUCCAGAAAAGAUUCCAUUAAUGAAAAAUAAUAUACAGAGAGCCGAAUUUAAGCCCUGGUUAUGAACCGUCCACUGAAGCCAGAGAGAGAGAAAGGAGGCGUAAACAUUCAAUGACAUCACUGUCAAUGGGUCUGCCCUUGCAACACGCGAACAAUGACUCUAGCUUGCUCGCUCGGCUCUGUCAGUCUUUGUUCAGCACCACAAGGCGACACGUGGGGGCCCAGCACGCGUGGAAGCUCUGGUUACCAACGGAAACAAGUGGGAUUAGAGGAACCUCUAGCAGCACCACCACCACAACCAUCUAGAGCUCCACCAUCACUGGCACCACCACAACCAACAGCACCAUCAACAAUAUUCCAACUCCUGCGACCACACUACCACCAUCACCAGCGACACCAAAACCACAGCUGUUAUAUUACCACCACCACUACUGUUCUACCUCCUCCACCGUCACCAGCAACAUCUCAAACCCCCACCCGUCUCCACCGCGCUCCGCGCCGCGCUUGGCGAUGUCCCCGUGCCGGCCGUGCGAGGCCUGCGGCAAGCUGCUCGCCGCGCUGCUGCGGCUGCUGCGGCGCAUCGUGGACGGCGGCGGACGCUGCGUGCGCCGCGGCGUCGCCCGCCUCAAGACAGCGGCGCUCGGGAGGGAGGCCGGCGGCGGCAGGGGCCGGUGCGGCAGCGCGGGAUCCUCCCGCGGGAGAGGAGGAGGGGCUGGGGGCCUCCGCCGCGAGUACGACAGCGGCGCCGACGACACCGACGACGCCGACGCUGGCCGCAGAGGCAGCCGUGCGGAGGACGUUCUGCUGAAGGCCCCCCCUUCUGCCGGCGUUGGCGAGGAGCUGUCUGCGCGCGAGCUGUCGGCCGCCACUCAGCUUCUGCGGAGCAUCGAGAGCGCAGGCGAGCCGGGGGGCUCCCUGGACGAGAAGCGCCUCCAGUGGCUGGCAGCCCUGGCCUCGUCCUCCGACCCGAGAGCGCAGGAGCCCGCGGCUCUCUACUUCCUGCACGCCGGACGUACCGCUGACUGCACUCUGCCGGAGGACAGCGUGCCGUUGCUGCUGUCCCUGAUGCGGUCAGAGGACGCGAGGGUUCAGAGCUUCGCGUGCGAAGCGCUGCAUCAUCUGCUCAAGAGUCGCGCCGUCGGCGCGGAGGUGGCGGUCCAGGCCGGAGCGGGCGGCGCGCUGGUGGACGCGCUGGAGAGCGGCGACACCGCGCUGCAGGCGUCCGCGUGCGUCUGCUUGGGGACGCUCCUCGACUCAGGCCGAGGCUGCGAGCGGGAGCUGGUGGCGGCAGGCGUCGUCGCGUCUCUGGCCGUGCUCGCUAAGUCGUACGAGCUCCCCGUGCAGCGGAGCGCGGUCACCGCUGUCCACUCGCUCGCUCGCACGGAGACCGGGAGGGCAGCACUGCACAGUGAAGGGGCCCUGCCUGUACUCGUGCUGCUGCUACAGUCGGGUGACCCAGAGGUCCAGCACCGCAGCUGCGCGGCGCUCACGCUGCUGUCCGCGGACGCCCAGAGCAGGGCGCAGCUCCUGUCGAUGGGAGACCGCUUCGUUGUGAAGUCGCUCCUCUCGCUCACGUCGUCGUCCGUCGAGAAGGUGUGCGUCCAAGCGUGCGAAUGCUGUUGCGUUUUGGCAACGGAGGAACCCGCGCAGCUGACGCUCGUUGCCAUGGACGCACUGCCUCAGCUGCACGGCAUCCUGGGAUCGGGCAGCAGUGCUGCGAGGGGGGCGGCACUUUCACUGCUCAACCGCCUCUCCUCCAACCCCCACCUCCAGGUGGUGAUGGUGGAGCACGGAAUGCUGCAGGCGCUCGCGCGCGUGCUGGCGGAGGAGUGGGCGAGUCGGGACGCGGUGGUGAACGGCACGGCUGCGGUCGCGCACCUUGGCUUGGCCCGCGGCUCGCAGGUGCUUUUAAGCAGCCAAUGCGUGGACGUGCUACUUGACCUGCUGGGCACUCUGGAUGCAGCCAAUCAGAAGGAAGCUCUCGUUGCGACUCUCUCCUCAUUGGCCGAGCUUUGCAUUGACGGAGCUGUGAGGAGGCGCCUCCUGCUGGACUCGUCAGGGUGCCCGGUCGCUCGCGUGGUGGAGAUGGCCGCUCACUGCCCGCACACCCAAGGGCGGAUCCACGCGAUGGACGUCAUCUACCACCUGGCCUUGGAAGAUUUUCCCUCCCAGCAUCUGGGGCCGCACCUCCCGGCCGUCAUCUCCACGCUGGACGACGUCCUGUCGCGCCGGCGAAGCAGCGACCCGCGCCUCCUGCAGGCCGCGCUGCACGCGCUCAGCGGCCUGACGCGCGACCCGGCCGUGUUAGCCAUGGUGCAGACCUCUCCUCUGGGCCGGUCCCUCCGCUCUCUGCACGAGGAGGUGGAGGAAACGAGGUGCCUGCUUCGACGCUCCAUCGGACACAGCAGCAGCAGCAGCAGCGGCGGCGGCAGCAGCAGCGGCAGCGGCGGCGGCAGCAGCAGCGUCAGCAGCGGCAGCAGCAGCGACGGGGACUCCUCCCCAGAGCCGAUUCAGAACAUCGACCCUCUCGGUCGUCUUGGCCCUGGGACGCGUCGGCUCUCCGACAGGCCGGGGCUUCCGCCCGCUCUUGGUGGCACUGCCCAAGGGGCGAGCCAAAGUCCAAACGAUGACCACAGCGGCGGUGACGACGACGACGUAGAUUUUGAUGUGAUUACUGAUGCUGUUCAUGAUGACGAACAUGGCGGUGAUGGCGAUGGUGAAGCUGGGGCUUGGAUCGUGAUCUCCUCCGAUGACUGCCAACUUUGAACAUUUAAACGCAGGCCGACGCUCUGGAAACAAAUCGACGAGGCACAUUUUAUCGACAGUGAAAUCGAGCUCUGUAAUUUGAAAUGCAGAAAUGGCAGCAACUAUUACAUUUGUCGUUUUACGUAUCUGCUUAAGUGACAAAGGAGCACUUUGCCCGAGUUUAAUCAGGCGCCGCUCUCAUUCCAGCAACAGUGAUGUGAGUCGUCAUUCUUUAUCGCGGUUAUGUGGAGCCACUAUUGCGGUGGGCUUGUGUGCAGGGUUGGUAGACCACGUUGAGAUGGAACUCUUUUUCGACUAUAAAUAGAUUUUGUUUCUGGAAAUGAAGCACCUCGUUUCAUUCGUUCACUAAUUUAGCAAUUUGAACUUUAACAGGGACUCUCAGAGGCGGCGGAAGAAUAAACGAGGAAAGGGAAAGGUAUCUAUAUUCUUGGUUCUUUCGGUAAAGUCACGUAGAAGGGAAACAAUAAAAUAAUAAAAAUAUAAAACAAUAGAUUUGCGCCGUCACGUUCUGUCGGUGUCCGAGGGGUUCGAUUUGUUUGGUAAACGAAACAAAAAUGGAGUAACGUGAAGAAUUCGGGCGAAGAUAAAAAAAAGAUUGCGGGAUAAAAAUGUUUUGUAUAAAAUCCAGAAAAAUCUUGAGAAAACCGCACACUCGCCCGGCCAUGGCUCCCAGCGCCUUUGCGUGGCUGGAGAAUCACUCGCCGGGGGGAGCGAGGAGAAUGGCGCUCUGAGUGGCGACGACCCGGAACGCGAGCUGCGAGCUCCGAGUGGAGCGAGGAGCGAGACGCGGACCGCAUGGGGAUUAAGGCCGUGGGACAUCGACGACGACGACGAUGACGACGACGAUGAUGACGACGACGAUGACGAUGAACCAAGUCUAAAGAAAUAACGCAGCUUCGUAUGUAACGCUACCGCGUAGAGUUUCGCGGUUGUUGCAAACCAGGAUGCUCGUAACCAGUGGCACAGUAGUGUGGGCCGGUAUGGGCCACCGUCGCAAGGAACGUGGCCCUCCCUGUCCAACGUCCGCCUCUCUUGGUAGCCCGGCUCCUGGGCCCCUCUGGCCCGUGGGUUCCGGUGCAAUUGCACUGCCUGCACAUUCACGUGACCACAUACCAGCUACACUUAGAGCUCGUAACAAGCAACGUGUCCAUACGAUUUUCAUUUAUUUCCUUUUUUGGCAAUAUGACGUGCGAACAAGUUCACAUAAUGGUCCAUUCGAUUUUGCUUUCUGAUGUUACCGUCGUGUGAAUCAUUCGCGUGAUAAACGUUUGAGGAUUAUUAUAUUUUAUCACGUUCUCAAGUGCAUUACUGUAGGGGGCCGGCAAACAAAUAGAGCCGGCGGUGGCCGAUGCACCACGCAUCGCGAUCGACGGGCGGAUCGCGUGCGACAAUUCUCGUUGCGGCUGAUGACGGCGAAGAGACAAACAUCCCCGACUUGAGAAUUCUCACGUUAAAUAUGUGACGUCUGCCAGUGGGUGGCGGUAAUAGCAUGAUUACACGUGUUAUUAAUCUGUCGUAAAUAUGAUUCAAUGUUUAGCCGUCUCUACAUUUAUGAUUAUUUUUUUUAAACCAGCGUCCCAAUGUUCACAUUGUCAGAAUCAGAAUCUUUGAUUCGACUCGAAGGAAUCCGAUGAGCUAUGAAGCUCUUUUUUUCACAGACGUCCAGUCGGGGCACGGGGUGAGCAAAGGUGCAUUGUGACAAGGGACGGGGGUGGUGGUGGUGGUGGUG